AAAACAUUUUUGCAUUUGACAUGGCGAAUAGCCGUGGCGGUAUUUUAGCAAAUGGCUGUUUGGGCGGAGCCAGAGGACAGUUAGAUCUGAUCGAUAAUCAUCGCUUCGCCAGACACUUGACGCUCGCUGAAAUGCUAACCUUGUCUCUCGUAAAUACAUACAACUAUAUAGCUAUACCUGCUAAAAAGGUGCGGGAGCUUCCCAGGACGCUCAAUGCUUGUUCUUGCCCCCCUCAAGUAUCUCCUUUUGUUUCUUCUUCAGAUCAAUCGCCUCCUGAACCAAAUCCUCAUCCCUGCCAUCCGGGCCCUUUGGUCGCUUGUCAGUGCGCAACAGACCCCCGUGCCCCGCUUCUUCGUGGCCCGGCAGACCGUGCACCACACGGCUAUGUGGAUGUCUCAAGUGCUCAACGUCCACGGUCUUGUCGCCAAUUUUAAAUCCC